AUGAAAGUGAUGAUGAUGCUUCCCCUGCUGCUCUUUUUCUGUCUCUCUGCGCUGGCAAAGCCUUCUAAUUAUUCUGAUCAACAAGCUCUCGUGGCUUUCAAAGCUGCUAUCUCUCUUGAUCCAUUUGAUUCCUUGCUUGAUUGGUCUCCCACUCACACCUUCUGCAAUUGGACUGGAGUUAUCUGCUCUUCUCGCCGACAGCGUGUGGUUUCAUUGAAUCUCACAGGUAUGGGAUUAGCUGGCCCCAUCUCUCCCUUUCUCGGAAAUCUUUCCUUCCUUAGAGUACUUGCUCUCUAUAAUAAUAGCUUCCAGGGCCAUAUUCCAUAUCAGCUUGGAAGGUUAUUUCGCUUGAGAGUGCUUCGGUUGUCUCGUAAUAAUUUGGAAGGUCACAUUCCAUCCUCUCUAAGAGGCUGUCGUUCUUUACAAUCUCUCAUACUGUCGUAUAACAAUUUAAGUGGAAGCAUUCCCUCUGAAUUUAGUCUUCUUUCAAAUUUAGAAACCAUGGGAUUAGGAGCAAACAAAUUGACAGGUAUUAUCCCACCUUUCUUAGGAAAGAUGUCCUUUUUAAUUAACCUUGACUUGGGCGACAAUAGAUUCCAAGGUGGUAUUCCUGCUGAGUUGGGUAUGCUCAGUCAGCUAAACAGGCUUGCUCUUGACAUCAACAACUUAACAGGAUCGAUCCCCGUCACCAUUGCAAAUUGUAGUCAGCUAACCAUUCUUGAUCUUAGCUCCAACAACUUAACAGGAUCGAUGCCCGUUGCCCUCUCAAAUUGCACUCGUCUCCAGGUAUUGGACCUAAGUCAAAACCGUUUAAACGGCCCAAUUCCAUGGGAGUUUGGAAGGCUCUCGGAGUUACAAGUAGUGCAUUUGUGGGAAAACCAACUCACUGGAGAAAUACCCAGUUCAGUGGGUAAUUGGACUCAGCUGCAAAAGCUGGGUUUGAGUAAAAACCAACUGAGUGGCACAGUGCCCCCGGAAUUCGGCAAAAUGCAGCAGCUGAGACGGCUAGUUCUGUGGCAAAAUCAUUUUGUUAGUGGAAGCAGUGGUUUAUCUAUUUUAACAGUGUUAACUAAUUGCUCCAGCUUGGAAAAUCUUCAGCUGUCACAUAAUUAUCUCACUGGCGUCUUGCCCACUACAAUUGGCCGCCUUUCAAAUUCACUUUCAUAUUUAGUGUUAGCCUCAAAUGAAAUUGGGGGAAACAUACCAGAUGAGAUUGGUAAUCUCACAAACAUGGUGCUGUUAGACCUAGGAGCAAACCAAUUCAAUGGGACCAUUCCAUCUACAUUGGGUAAACUUCCAAAUCUAGAAAGAUUGAUUCUAGACACAAACAAUUUACAAGGAAGAAUACCAGAAAGUUUUGGCCGAUCAAAAAGCCUUGGAUUAUUGGAACUCGGUGAUAACAUGCUCUCAGGGCAAAUUCUAGAUAGUCUUGGCAACCUUCCACAAUUAAGAGUGCUUGAUCUUUGUUAUAAUCAACUAUCAGGAAAAAUACCUGCUAGUUUAGGGAGAUGUCAGACAUUGGAAACGGUGGACUUUGCACACAAUAAACUAACAGGAAGUAUACCUCCUGAAGUUGCAGGUCUCCAGAAUAUCCAGUUUUAUUUCAAUGUUUCUGAGAAUUCAUUACAAGGUUCUAUUUUGGAAAUGAGCAAAAUGGUUAUGGCUUUAGCUAUAGAUGUUUCUGAGAAUAAUUUCUCUGGUGGCAUUCCUAGCGCACUAGAAAGUUGCAAGGGCUUGGAAUAUCUAAAUCUUUCUGGAAAUGCAUUUGAGGGGCAAAUCCCAGGAUCACUAUCAAAUCUACAAAAUCUACAGUACAUGGAUCUUUCUCGUAAUAAUUUGUCAGGCUUGAUACCGGUGGAUUUCAAAAAGAUGAAAAUGCUUCGACAUCUCAACCUCUCUUUAAACAGGCUAAUCGGAGAGGUACCAAAGGAAGGAGCUUUCACAACACUUGAUGCCUCAGAAAUUAUGGGAAAUCUUGGUCUUUGUGGUGAAUGGAUAAACUUGACGCCAUGCUCUCAUUCUCAUCACAAACAGGCAUCAGUCACAAAAAAGGUGAUUGUAGUAGGCAUUGCAAUUUUGAUCAUGUCUCUUCUAUUGGUAGCAUUUUCUUAUAGAUCAUGUAGACCUUCCAAUAUCCCUAUUCUCAAUGUAUGGCCUCCAAAAAUUUCAUAUAAAGACCUUGUUGAUGCAACUACUGGGUUCAAUGGUGAAAAUCUUUUAGGAAUUGGUAGUUUUGGGUCAGUUUAUAAAGGGGUUCUAAAGAAUGGUAGAAAUAUUGCCGUUAAAGUUCUCAAGUUGCAAGAUGAGCAUGCUCACCAAAGUUUCAACAGAGAAUGCAGUGUAUUAAAGAGAAUUCGGCAUCGCAAUAUAAUUAAAAUUAUUUCAGCAUGCUCCAACCUUGACUUUAAAGCCCUAAUUCUUCCAUUCAUGUCAAAUGGAAGUUUGGAGAGAUGGUUAUAUCCCCUUGAAGAUGGUAGAUGCAGAUUAAAUUUGAAUGACCGAUUGAGAAUAGCAAUGGAGAUAGCAGAAGGAAUGGUAUACCUUCACCAUUAUUGCUUUGAUCAAGUGAUUCACUGUGACCUCAAGCCUAGCAAUGUCCUAUUAGGAGACGACAUGACUUCAUAUAUAGCAGAUUUUGGCCUUUCCAAUAUUAUUCUGGGAAAUUCCAUGGAUUCUUUGACUUCUACAAAUGCACUUAAAGGAUCUAUUGGAUACAUUGCACCAGAGUAUGGAAUAGGCGGAAAUCUUACUACAAAGGGAGACAUUUACAGUUAUGGAAUUUUAAUUUUAGAGUUGUUGACAAGGAAGAGACCAACUGAUAAUAUGUUCAAUGAAGGAAUCAAUCUACAAAAAUGGAUAGAAAUACAUUUUCCAGAUAGAAUUUCAGAUGUGGUGGAUAAUUGCCUUCUUACAGAUGCUCACGAAUUAGAGACAUCAAUGGGAAUGGAAUGCCUUAAUCAGUUAAUACAAAUUGGGUUGUUUUGCACAAGGGAGUCACCUCAACAACGACCUGAUAUGACUGAGAUAGUUGAUAGAUUAAAAACAAUCAGAGGUGCAUUUCUUGGUAGCCCUAAAACUAUUCAAUUACCAAUAGAUAUCUCACCUUUUAUUAAUAAUGAAAGAAAUAGAGCUACCACAGAAUCAGGAAUUUGGGGAAGUUCAUAUACAUCUACAUCCUAA